AUGACAAUUGAAAGCCAUUGGAAAGUAAUCAAGCAUGAUUAUCUUUCCGAAUAUAAUCAUAUAUGCUUGAACUUAUUAGUAUAUAUCAUCAUAACACAAGUUAUACUUGGGCAAGUAGAUCGGCUACAGCAGUUACAAGAUGGUAGAACUGUAGCACAUUGGCGCUCUGAUUUCAAAACAGAAUG